AUGACGAUGGGGGAAUACACCCUCAGUACAUACGAGGUACCGUCCGAGAAGUACUGGCUGUGGUACGGGAUGGUCUACAUGGCAGCCACGUACGUGCUCUUCCUGUUCCUGUCUUGCAUCGCACUAGAGUACCAUCGCUUCGAGCGUCCAGAAAAUGUUGUACUUACAGAUGAGAGCAAAGUUGACGCAAAAGACAGCUACACGCUCACUCGAACGCCGCGAGGAUCAAAGAAACACAGCGAGUUCCAGGAUUUGUGGUACACUGUACCAGACCCGACCAACCCGAAGAGAACAAUCGACUUGCUGAAAGGCAUCUCUGGGUAUGCACUACCAGGCACUAUCACUGCGCUUAUGGGCUCGUCUGGAGCUGGCAAGACGACGCUGAUGGACGUGAUUGCUGGACGGAAGACUGGCUGUCAGAUCCGCGGUCAGAUUCUGCUCAAUGGUCAUCCUGCCACAGAUCUGGCUAUUCGACGUUCGACGGGGUACUGUGAGCAGAUGGACAUUCACUCCGAGUCGUCUACCAUUCGUGAGGCGUUGACAUUCAGUGCGUUCCUACGUCAAGGCGCCGAUAUUCCAGACAGUCACAAAUAUGAUUCUGUAAACGAGUGUUUAGAUCUUCUAGAUCUAAAUCUGAUCGCUGACCAGAUCAUCCGUGGCAGCUCCGUGGAGCAGAUGAAGAGACUGACGAUCGGAGUGGAACUCGCUGCACAGCCGAGUGUCUUGUUCCUGGACGAACCGACGAGUGGGUUAGACGCUCGAUCGGCCAAGUUGAUCAUGGAUGGAGUUCGAAAAGUAGCGGAUACGGGGCGUACCAUCGUGUGUACCAUCCACCAGCCAUCUUCCGAGGUUUUCAGUGUGUUCGACAGUCUGUUACUGUUGAAACGUGGAGGUGAGACAGUCUUUGUUGGCGAGUUAGGUGACAACGCACGUGAAAUGAUCGAGUACUUCGAGUCGAUUGAGGGUGUAGCAAUGCUUGAAGCCGACUACAACCCGGCUACGUGGAUGUUGGAAGUGAUCGGUGCUGGUGUCGGUAACAGCAACGGAGACAAGACGAAUUUCGUGGAGAUCUUCAAAGCGAGCACUCACGCUCAGCGUCUUCGGUCGAGUCUAGACCAGGAAGGUGUGACUCGACCGUCACCGUCAUUACCAGCACUCGAAUUCAGCGACAAACGCGCAGCUUCCGAGCUCACUCAAGCAAAAUUCCUGUUGAAACGCUUCUGCGAUCUCUAUUGGCGUACAUCUUCUGUCAACUUGACGCGGUUCGUUAUAUCCUUAGGCUUGGGUGCGCUCUUUGGUAUUUCGUACGCGGGUGCAGAGUACACGUCGUACUCAGGUGUCAAUUCCGGCUUGGGCAUGCUCUACAUGAUCACGAGUUUCAUCGGCCUCAUCGCGUUCAACGGAUUGAUCCCCGUAGCGUACGAAGAGCGUGCUGUAUUCUACCGUGAACGAGCAUCUCAAACUUAUAACGCCUUCUGGUAUUUCUUCGGACUGGGAGUCAUGGAAAUCCCGUACGCUGCCUUCGCAGUGCUGUUGUUCCUCAUCCCGUUCUUCCCAAUGGUGGGGUUCUCGGGUGUCGGAGUCUUCCUCACUUCGUGGCUGGUCUUGGUGCUUCAAGUGCUGCAUCAAGCGUUCAUGGCGGACCUCCUCGUCUUCCUCUUACCGAAUUUAGAGGUGGCGGAGAUCGUCGGUGUGCUGCUGAAUCUUCUUGGCUACUUGUUCUCGGGCUUCAGUCCUCCAGCUUCUACACUGCCAUCGGCGACCGUGUGGCUGUAUGACAUCACUCCGAUGAAAUACAGCACUGCGGCGUUCUCUGCUGUGGUGUUUGGAGCCUGCAGCAGCGACGGAGAUCUGGGAUGUACGCGGAUGACCAACGUGCCGCCAUCUCUACCUCAGAACAUCACUGUGAAGGAGUAUCUGGAGACAAACUUCUUGAUGAAACACAGCGAGAUCUGGAAGAACUGCGGCUUCUUGCUCCUCUUCGUGGAUCUCUUCGGCGUCUUCACAUUGCUAGCGAUGCGCUUCUUGAAUUUCCAGAAAAGAUAG